GAGCCGUCAGCAAUGAGCGCUGUAGAAAUUCAGAAGGUUAAGCUGUUCGGGAAGCACAGUUACGAGCGCAUCAGCUGCAGCGACCUCGCGCUGGUCGACUACAUCAGCGUGCGGAACGCCGGCGCUUGCUUCACGCCGCACACCUCCACGCGCAACCGCAAGCGCUUCAGCAAGGCGAACUGUCCGAUCGUGGAACGUCUGGUCAACUCCGUGAUGAUGCACGGCCGCAACACGGGCAAGAAGCUCAAGGCGAUCCGCGCAGUGCGCGAAGCCUUCGACAUCAUCGAACUCACCACGAACAAAAACCCGAUCCAAGUCUUGGUCGACGCCGUCGCCAAGGGCGGCGCGCGCGAAGACUCCACGCGCAUCGGCGCCGGAGGCAUCGUGCGUCGCCAGGCGGUCGACGUGAGUCCCUACCGCCGCGUGGGCCAAUCGCUUUACCACAUGACGCAAGGCGCGCGCGUCUCCGCAUUCCGCUCCGGCAAGACGCUAUCCGAAUGCCUCGCUGACGAGAUUGUCGCGUGCUCUCGCGAGUCGUCCAACUCUUACACCAUCAAAAAGAAGGACGAAAUCGAGCGCGUGGCUAAGGUGAACCGAUAA